GCGAAAACAUGAAGUUUACCCUCUUUGCUUUGGCCUUGUGCCUGCUCUGCGUAAAUGCCGUGGUGGUGCCCCAUCCCAACGUGGACUCCUCGCCAGAAUUGGCCGACUUAACCGACUUGAUCGAUGGCCAGGCGACCGAGGAUUUGGCCAUUUUAAGCAGCACCUACAAGUACAUUAAGCUGGCUCUACGCAGCAUCAAGGGACUCAACUGUGUGCUCAAGUGGGUCGCCGGUAUCCAGGACAGUGCCACCAGUUUCAACAGGAAUGUGGUCGGUUGCGGUGUGACCGCCAGCAAGGAUGUGACCAACCUGAUCAAUGCCAACGCCAAUAUCAUCAGCACCUCCUCCAGUCUCAUCAACCAGAAGUCCGGGGUCUGUGCCAAUACCGACACCGAGGGAUCCACGAUUACCAACAGCUGCUUCGCGAAGACUCUGGCUGGAGUAUGGAAACUGAACAAGCAGGUGAAGGCUGCCAUUAAGCUGGCCGGCAAGCUGCCCAAGACCGGACCCAAUGCCGUCGCCUGUGUCAACGAUGCCGUCAACACCCUGGUCACCUACUACACGGCCUUCCCUCAAAACAUGCUCGUCUGCUCCCAGUUGACCUCUUAGGAAGGUCCUCUUUACACUUUUUAACUGAAUAAAGCAUUAUAUAAAAAUA